AUGGCCUUCACACUGGAAGAAAGGCUGCAGCUUGGAAUCCACGGCCUGAUCCCCCCCUGCUUCCUGAGCCAGGACGUCCAGCUCCUGCGGAUCAUGAGAUACUACGAGCGGCAGCAGAGCGACCUGGACAAGUACAUCAUUCUCAUGACACUCCAGGACCGGAAUGAGAAGCUCUUCUACCGAGUGCUGACGUCAGACGUGGAGAAAUUCAUGCCCAUCGUGUACACUCCCACUGUGGGGCUGGCCUGUCAGCACUACGGCCUGACCUUCCGCAGGCCCCGUGGGCUGUUCAUCACCAUUCAUGACAAGGGCCACAUUGCAACCAUGCUAAACUCUUGGCCAGAAGACAAUAUUAAGGCCGUGGUAGUGACUGAUGGGGAGCGCAUCCUGGGCCUGGGAGAUCUGGGCUGCUACGGCAUGGGCAUCCCCGUGGGCAAGCUGGCCCUGUACACGGCGUGCGGAGGGGUCAGCCCACAGCAGUGCCUCCCCGUCCUGCUGGAUGUCGGCACCAACAAUGAGGAGCUGCUCAGAGACCCUCUGUACAUCGGGCUGAAACACCAACGCGUGCGUGGCAAGGAGUAUGACGACCUGCUGGACGAGUUCAUGCAGGCUGUGACGGACAAGUUUGGAAUAAAUUGCCUCAUCCAGUUUGAAGACUUUGCCAAUGCCAAUGCCUUCCGCCUGCUCAACAAAUACCGCAACAAAUACUGCAUGUUCAACGAUGACAUCCAAGGCACAGCCUCUGUCGCUGUGGCAGGGAUCCUGGCUGCUCUGCGAAUCACCAAGAACAAGCUCUCCAAUCACGUGUUUGUUUUCCAAGGUGCAGGUGAGGCAGCCAUGGGCAUCGCCCACCUCCUUGUCAUGGCCCUAGAGAAAGAAGGCAUACCCAAGGCAGAGGCCACAAAGAAGAUCUGGAUGGUGGACUCCAAGGGGCUCAUUGUCAAGGGAAGGAACCACCUGAACCAUGAGAAGGAGAUGUUUGCCCAGGACCACCCUGAAGUGAACAGCCUGGAGGAGGUGGUGAGGCUGGUGAAGCCCACGGCCAUCAUAGGUGUUGCUGCCAUCGCAGGAGCCUUCACGGAGCAGAUUCUGAGGGACAUGGCCUCCUUCCACGAGCGCCCUAUCAUCUUUGCCCUGAGCAACCCCACCAGCAAGGCCGAGUGCACGGCUGAGAAGUGCUACCGGGUCACUGAGGGCCGAGGGAUCUUUGCUAGUGGAAGUCCCUUUAAGAGUGUGACUCUGGAAGAUGGCAAGACCUUCAUUCCUGGGCAAGGAAACAAUGCCUACGUGUUCCCUGGAGUGGCUCUGGGAGUCAUUGCUGGCGGGGUCCGGCACAUCCCAGAUGAGAUCUUCCUCCUGACAGCAGAGCAAAUUGCCCAAGAGGUCUCUGAGCAGCAUUUGUCCCAGGGGAGACUGUACCCACCACUCAGCACCAUCCGAGAUGUGUCUCUGAGAAUCGCCAUCAAAGUCCUCGACUUCGCGUACAAACACAACCUGGCCUCCUACUACCCAGAGCCCAAGGACAAGGAAGCUUUUGUAAGAUCCCUGGUCUACACUCCAGACUAUGACUCCUUUACACUGGACAGCUAUACUUGGCCCAAGGAAGCCAUGAAUGUUCAAACAGUGUGAUGCAGUCUCAGAGGCUGCUGUGAGGCUGGAACAUGCCCAGAGUAACACUGACAAUAUAAAUGGGUUCUAAAAUGGCUAUCUUUGUCACUGUGUUUUUCCUUUGAACUUUCUGGUGUGAGGGGAGAUACCCAGGCACACAGUGAAUGAGAGCCUUGUCCCUGAGGCCCUGAGAAUUCACUUUUCUAUAACCCUGACUUCCUCCCCAAGAAUUUCUUCAUCUAAUUGCCAACAAUUAGCUAGAUCUUGUGGGAAAUCUAGAAUCCUUCCUAGAACUCUGCCUUUACAGAGCUCAGAGUCUAGUGAAGGAGAUAUGGACACAAUUCAUUGUU